AUGGCGCCCUCUGGGCUCCUCGUGACCGGCGCCUCCUUCGCCGCCUUCCGGGGGCUGCACUGGGGGCUGCAGCUUCUGCCCACGCCCGGAUCUGCUGCCCAGGACCGUUGGAAGUGGCGGAACAUCUGUGUCUCCCUGGUUCACAGCCUGCUUACGGGGGCCGGGGCGCUGCUCGGGCUGUCGCUGUACCCUCAGAUGGCCGCCGACCCGAUUCAUGGCCACCCGCCCUGGGCCCUGGUGCUGGUGGCUAUAUCUGUGGGUUAUUUCCUAGCCGAUGGAGCUGACAUGCUGUGGAACCAGACGUUGGGCCAGGCCUGGGAACUUCUUUGUCACCAUUUGGUGGUAGUGAGCUGCCUCAGCACCGCCAUUCUCUCUGGCCACUAUGUGGGCUUCUCUGUGGUCUCUCUGCUCCUGGAGCUGAACUCCACCUGCCUGCACCUACGAAAGCUGCUGCUGCUUUCUCGCCAGGCCCCAUCCCUGGCCUUCAGUGUGACCAGCUGGGCCACUCUGGCUACCCUGGCCCUCUUCCGCCUGGUUCCGCUGGGAUGGAUGAGUCUGUGGCUGAUCCGGCAACACCACCAGGUACCUAUUGCUCUGGUCAUCCUUGGUGGAACUGGACUGGUCACUGUGGGCGCUACGAGCAUCACACUGGGUGUCCGCAUUUUGGUCAGUGAUGUCCUGCGGUCUCGGCCCCGCCCACCCAUCCCUGAGCACAAGGAAACCAAGGGCACCAGGACUUGUUGCGAUGGUGAGCCUGUCACCAGGGAUGACCUUACUCUCAGCCUGAAAGACUGA